GCGGCAGGAAAACAUCUCUGAGAGAUUAUCAUUGAAAUAACAAAAGGACGAACAUGUAUCUACAGUGCUAUAUCAACGAGAAGGGCGAGAAGGUUUACACCACUAAGAAGGAAUCACCGCUCGGGUCAGCCACUGAAUCUGCCCAUCCAGCCCGAUUCUCCCCUGAUGAUAAGUAUUCAAAGGAGAGAGUUUUGUUGAAGAAACGGUUUGGUCUUCUACCGAUCCAGGGCGCACCUGUCAAGUACUGAAAAGGCUAAAGCUUUUCUUGUUUUCUUUUUGAUCUUUUUAUGUUACUGGCUAUGUUGUCUCUUAAUGAAACCAUCUCUGUACGUCUCCAAAUAGUAGUGAGUUAAAAGAGCAAUUUUGCUACUUUUCGUGAAGAAACCAAAAUUUAAGAGUGUCAA